AUGCAACGGUGGCAGCGAUCGAUAUGGCACCAACAAAGACGAGCCCUGCUCACAGGAUCCGUUGUGAAACACUACAUCGACCUGCCUCCCAACUACAAGGAUGAGCAAGGGCUACCAUUUCAACAGACGGACCUCGACGCCCAGGAGGUGCUGUCAAUAUUUGGGCCGGGAAUGAGCACGCAGAGUGCCAACACGCUGUUGAGGAUCAUACAUGGGCGACGCGUGGCCGGAACGCUGGAGGAUCCCGCAUAUCAUCCACACACGGCCUCGUUCACAUCAUCGCAGAUUGAGACUGCCCUUUCAUACCUGCGCAAGACCGUGCCUGUGGAUGAGGUCAUCAACGCUGGCCUGCGAGCCGAAGAUGAGCUACGCGAGCUGGAAAGAGGGGUCGCGCCGCCUGAGGAGAUCGAGGAGGAGCAGCCGGCAGAAGAGGGUGCAGAGACGGCACAAAAGUCGGAAGCCGACGACGUGUAUGGCGUAGGAGUGUUCGACCGGAUAAGGGCCCGAAAUAGGGCGCGCCAAGCGGAGGAGGAACAGCGCCUAGAGGAAGAGAGGCGCAAGAAGGAAGCGGAACAGCCCGAGGUGGUUGCCGGAGAGCUAGUUACCGUCGACGGUCUUCAUCCUGAAGCCAGGAGCCCCUGGGUUCGUGAAUGGCAAUACAAGGCAACAACAGGUGCCGAAGAAUCACCCGAAAUGACAAAGUGGGACCGACUUGCACCCUCAACCGUUCUCGUGCUGCUAGUCGUAGCAGCCGCCUAUGUCUUGAGCGAGGUAUACAAACCCCCGAAACACGAGGAUAGGCUCUGGCCGGAAAUCCCACCCGCUGCCGCGACCGUUUUUGCCAUUCUUGCUGCGAAUAUUGUCAUCUGGUCGAUGUGGCACUUCCCGCCAUGUUGGCCCCUGUUGAACCGCUACUUCUUGAUGGCAGCCUCUACUCCGCGACCCAUUAGCAUCUUCGGCGCCAUGUUUUCGCACCAGCAGUUCAAACACAUGAUUUACAACCUUCCGCUGCUGUGGUUCUUUGGCACCCGUCUGCACGACGAGGUUGGCCGCGGGAACUUCGUCGCCACCUAUAUCGCUUGUGGCUCGCUCGGCUUCCUCACCACCAUGUGGGAGCUCGUGCUGAGAGACCGACUGGUCUACACGACCCUGGGCGCCUCCGGCUGCGUUAUGGGAAUCUUGACUGCCUACUUCUGGAUGCACAAGUUCGACAGCUUCAAGAUCCUCGGCCUGCCUCCUGAUCCGUACGAAGGCAUCCAGGGCUUGGGAUUCAUCGGGCUCGUCCUGGGCUUUAACCUAGUGGCCGUGGUACGGAGAAAGAGGCAUAUGGUUGAUGUCGCUUCCCAUAUUGGCGGCAUGGCUGCGGGCGUGGGAUGCGGCGAGAUCCUACGAAGGAGACUGGAACGUCGGAAAGCAGUGUUGCAGGAAAAGCAACAGAGCGUGAAGAUGAGCAAACAGGUUAUACAGAAGAGGAUAGCCUAG